CAAAUUUAAAUAUACGAAAGGUGUUCCGGUUUUGAAAAAAAGAAAUUGUGACGAAGAAUUUUCAAACAAAUGAAAAACACUGUUAAUGAUUGAGCAUUUAAGAUAACUGUAUGGAUAAUUGGAUACCCAACACAAAUGCCAAGCCAUUCAUACCAAAGAGAUUGAGGAAUUCUGCCAAAUCUAACAGUUCUGGAAUUACAGAAUUUUCAAAGAGAAAAUGUAUUUCCAAAAUAUUUCAGGGUGGUAUUGUGAUUGUGCUGAUUGUUACCAUAGUAAUCAAUAUAACAUUCAUCUUGGAAACCAGCAGGAAGAUGAACGAUCCUCAGAAAAUGGAUGAAGUGAAUGGUGGGUCCACAGGAAAAGAGGGAAGAGAAAAUGUAGUAGAAAUGACAAAACCUAAAUUCCUGUCUGUAGUGGUACAAUCUAGUAAGACAUCAGUUGUAGUCAAAGUGGAUGAAACUGUGAUUAUACAAGAUGAAGAAUUUGAGAAAAAUAGAGGCAUCCAUAUUGCUGUGUUGAAUCAGGCUACUGGAAGUGUUAUGUCUAAGAACAUAUUUGAUACCUAUAGCCAGCAUGAAGAUGAAGCUUUACUAUCCUAUCUGAAGAAGAUUUCCAUUGGUAGAAUUAUUGUAUUUACUAUAAAGGAUGAAGCUUCAUUCCAUCUGAAGUCAGAAGCCAGGCAGUAUCUAAAAGAAAUGGGAAGUGAAAAGAUAGAAAACCUUGCAUUCAGGGAUACAUGGGCAUUCAUUGUAAAAAAAGGAGGAAGAAAAAUUGCAGAAACCCACGGAAAAUCUCCUGCUUUAGAUAGCUGGGGAGAGAAAGUUACAAUCCAAGCAACCAUAGAUCUCGUCAAUAUCAAAGACACUGAGUGUCACUGGGGAGAGACCAAAAUAAGCCAGAGAAGACAGACAUUCUGUAAUAAAGUUGAGGGGUAUGGUGAUAUAUGUAGCUGUACUCAUCCAGAUCCUGUUGUCUUCACACAGAAAAAGUUGAUACCUAAUAAUAUAGGAAAAGUACCAUUAGUUAUUAUAGCUAGUGACAGACCACAUUAUUUAUUUAGAAUGUUAAAGAAUUUACUACAGAUACCAGGAGCUGAUCCUAAGAUGAUUACAGUAUUCAUUGAUGGAUAUUUUGAUGAACCUUUACAAGUGACAAAGUUGUUUGGUUUACGUGGUAUACAGCAUACACCAUUAGGUGUCAGGAAUGCCAGAGUAUCUCAACAUUAUAAAGCUAGUCUGACCGCUACAUUUAAUUUAUAUCCUGAAUCGAAGUAUGCCAUCAUUAUAGAAGAAGAUUUGGAUGUUUCUCCAGAUUUCCUCAAUUAUUUUAGUCAGACCCUCCACCUUUUAGAAGAAGAUGAAUCACUUUACUGCAUAUCUGCUUGGAAUGAUCAGGGUUAUAACCAUUCCUGUAAAGACGAGACAUUAUUAUACAAAGUAGAAACUAUGCCAGGUUUGGGAUGGCUCUUAAAAAGAAAGUUAUAUAAAAAUGAACUAGAACCACAGUGGCCGACUCCUGAAAAACAAUGGGACUGGGAUAUGUGGAUGAGAACCAAUAUGAUACGUAAAGACAGAGAGUGUAUUAUACCAGAUAUAUCAAGGACAUAUCAUUUUGGUUCUAAAGGACUUAAUAUGAAUCCAUACUUCCAAGAAGUCUAUUUUAAAAAACAUUCCUUUCUCACAAAACCUAAUGUUAAAUUAAAGGAUGUAGACAGAAUGAAGAAAGAUGCAUAUGAAGAAUUAAUUGUAGAAUUAAUCAAGUCAUCUGUAAUAUUAGACCAUACAUUAGAUCCAUGUAAAGAAAACUUUAUACCUCAUAAUCAGGCAAAACCUCAUUUAAUGUAUAUUUCCAUGAAUAUAUCAACAGAUUAUGUUACCUGGAAACAGUUAGCAAAGUGCUAUCAUCUAUGGGACCUAGAUGUAAGAGGUUUUCAUAAGAGUAUGUGGAGAUUAUUCAUUAAUGGUACCCCUGUAAUGAUGGUUGGUGUUCCUGCCUCGCCUUACAGAGUUCAUAAGCCCGAAAAUAUAAAACCAAUAUACAUUCCAGAACCAACAAAAUUUGUGAAGACUUGAUGAAAAGUAUCUGUGAUAAGAACAUAAUGGGAAAUUGUCAGAUCUGAAUUUAAAUACUGGUAAUUAAGGAACUGUUUAUAAAACUUGACAAACAUCUUUUAAAAAACUGGUAUGUUUGAAAUACAGCCAACUUUUUUAAAUUUACAAAAUACCAUGUUACAAAUAGCAGAACGUUUUCAACCAUACAUUAUAUUAAUGUAAUAUUAUUCAAGUUGUGGAGAAUAGCCCUUUAUUUAGGAUGAGGUUAUCCUUAAACUUGAAAUUUCAUAAAUUUUAAUCUACCAUUGAUGUUGAUAUUCUGUAUAUACAUAUAAAAAGUUUGGAAUACCUCUAUCGUUAAGUUUUAGUCCCAUUGGUUGAAUCAGUGUAUAAAAGCUAUCAUACAAACUAAACUUUCUAAAGCCUGCACCAGAGGAGCUUAGACAUAUAUACUUAUCUUUCUUCCGGUAUUGCAUUUUCAAUAUAUUGUUAUAUACAGUAAUAAUUUUAAGAUCAAGUUAGUCUUUCAUUCUGAUUGAUAUGAUCUAUUUGGUUAUGUUUACAGAGUCUAUAAUUUGUAAUAUAUGUUGUAUAAUAAUGAGUUAAUGAUCAACUAUAAAUUCCAUUAUUGUGUUCUUUAUAUUUGUUAUAGGCUUUUAAUUAUGAAAAAAAUGUAAACAUUGUACUUGUAAGGAUUCUUUCAUUACCAUGUAUUGCUUUUGAGAAAGUUUAUGUUUGGUCAACUUUAUACAUUUUAACUGAAGGAGGAGCUAAAUGGUUUAUUUACACCUGCUAAGAAUUGGAAUACCUAUUUGAGUCUGUGUACCACUUUUCUGUUACAUUUUUGUCAGUAACUACCAUGUGACAAGUUUUCACUUCUUUCUGUUUGCUGAAAAAAAUGACUUUUCUAUACAUGAAAAGGACUUUCCUAUUCAUAAAAUGUUCUUUCAAAUACAUAAAUACUUAUUUAUGUAGUCUUAAAUUAAUAAACCUUCAAACACAUUAUCUGUAUAUGUCUUUGAUAUGUACAUGUUCUCUUUAACAUUCUCAAUUUUAUGUAAUAUGGAUACUUAUUAAUUUUAAAGCAUAAUAAUUUAAUUUGAAAUAUCUGAAAUUUUAAUUGUUCUUGUUAAAGGUGCUGAGACUGUUUUAAUUUUUUUUUUUUAAAUAAUAAUUUUUCUUGUCUCAUGAUUUUUACGGGUUGAUCAUCAUUUCAACAUACAUGGGAAGUCUGCCAUUAUGACAGCUAUAUGAUCUGUUGAAAUAUUUCUGUUUUAUGUUUUUUAUUAUUAAUUACUGUAAAUUUAGAAAUUAUUGGGUGCAUUUCUUAUUGCGAUAUUGUCAUUUUGGACUAAAAUGUGAUUUAAACAUUUGCAAUAUUGCAAAAAAAUCGGUUUUUAAUUCAGAAAAAAAAAUCAAAAUGCAAGUUUAAAUUAAUGCGAUUAUAAACCUGUAAUAAUAAGCAAUAAUUUAUGAAUUUACAGUAUUAAUCAUAAGGUAAAAUGUAUUGAAGUUUUUCCAUGUUUACAUUAAACAUGCGAAGAAUGUAGGGAGGAAAUAUGCAAGGAUUUUCUUACUUCUUUGGUGUUUGAUACUUCCCUUUAGGUAUGAUCACAUUUGAUUAUCAUAAAUAUAAAACUUCUUUCUAAAGAAGUAUGGUUCUGUUUUACACUGUUUCUUUCUGCUAUAUAUGUGGCAGUAUUGGAGAAUGAAUUAAUGUAAGGUUCAAAAUUAUUAGCCAUUAUCUUUUGCAGAAAAAUAUUUCUCAUUUAUUCAGAAUACAUUUAGUUAUACUUUACAUGCCAAAAAAUUAAAAACCAAAUAUAAUCCUUGUUGUGGUUGUGACAGUAUUUACAUCUUUUACAGAUUUUUAUUUUUGUUUAUUGUUUAUAUUUUAUAACUAUAUUCCAUUAAUUUACAGCUAUAUAAUAUUAUUUAUAGCUAUAUACCAUUAACUGUAAUAAUAGAUUUUAUAACAUUGUUCCAAAUAUUUCCCACAAAGUUUUAGAAUAAUAAUAACUUAAAUUACAACUUAUUUAAGUAUCAUGGACUUGUUGAUAGCUAGGGUAUUUUAAUUUAUUUCUUUAUUAUGGUGAAUUUAUUUCAAAUCUGUAGAUAGUUGUGUAAAAUACUUAUAUAUUAAGUUUUAUUUCAUCAUGCCUGGUAUUUUGUCAAUAUAUUUUUGACAUGUCAUUUCUAUAAUAAUUGUUUUUGAAAAUAAAUACCAGUUGAUGUUGAUAUCUAAGUUGGGCAGAUUUUAUUUGUUAUCAUUAGGGUUAAGAUAUUAUUAUCUAAAGUCACAGGAAGGGCAUUUGCUUUAGCUUUAAUAAGAUUUCAUUUAUUUUGAAAAGUGCAAUAUUUUGAAAUUUUAUUUAGUAUUUCACAGAUAGCCAAACUAAAAUCAAAAGACAAAACAUGAGUUCAAUUAAGGAGUUCCAAAAAAGGAAGGCAAUAAUCUUAGGAUAUCUUGCCUCAUUAUAUUGUUUUGAGCUCUUUAUUGUAUUUUCAGGUUAUUUUAAGCAUUUAUUCUGUUCUGAUUAACUGAAGAACAAACAGCUUUAAACUAGAUCUCAGUUUAUAUUUUGCUUUACCUUUAUCAAGUUAUGCACUUGUUAUCUCUCUUUUCAGAUAGUUUAAAAUCUCUCAGUUUCACAUUUAUCUUUCAAUUUGUAACGUAAGAGUUAUCUCCCAUUAAGUGUACAUGUUAACUGAAUAAAAAUUAUCAAAGUAUCUUAUUAUUUUUUACUGGUUUAGUAAAACUGGAGCAAGGAAUUGUUUCUUAAAAGCAUACAAGAACUUUAAUGUUUUAUUGGACAAUAAAUGACUGUUUGCCUUAAAAGUUUUAAAACAACCAAUAUAAACUCUGGUUUAAGAGUGUACAAUACUUGAAUCAUGACUGAUUGUUUGAAAUUGAAUGAUGGUCCGAGUACACAGUUAUUUCGUAGUGCAUUUCUUUUAGAAAAUUA